AUGGCCCAACAAGCAACCGUUUCCACAUUUUGGGUAACACCACAGCAGGCGGAACCCCCAGUGACACUCCAAUCCUGGCCUCCUCUCUGGCCACCUAGAUCCCGAGUCGGGAUGCCCGGUGGUCCACCGAUAGCCAACCCACACAGUCUUUUAGACUUCUUGUGCGCUCGUGGAGAGGACAUAGUCGAUUCUACACUGCACAGCAAACGUGGCAGUUCCACUACAAAUAACCUCUGGCUUCAAACCGCUCCGCAACUCAUUUACGGCAAUUCAGCAUGUUUCGACCAAUUUGUGGUCGAACUGGCCCCUUGGCUGGCUGCCAUCCCAGUCACGUCUCUGUGGAACGGGCCGCUGGAACCAGACCCGCUUCCUGCAUGCUCUGACGAGGGAGACAUUCACAUUGCUCUUCAGAGGGACUUUUUGCCACGUGUACGAGCUGCGCUUAGGCUGCUGAGAAACCAUUUUGCUCCCGGAACAGUGCACGGCGAGGUACCAUCCGCUAUUCCGGCGCCCUUCUCCAAGGUAUCUAUCACAGUCGAUCAAUGUCAUGCCGGGUUCUAUCUCCCUCACUGGGACAAGGCACUGCGUAACACCUCACCCCCUCACAAACCGGACCUCCUCGGUUAUAGACUUGGAGAUGGUGUGAUGCCCCCGCCCGCUCAGCUUCUCGUUCCGCCCCAACAUCCGCCCCAACGAUUGGCCCAGACUUUGUUUCCCUGGCAUAGCAACCGCCUCGCUGGAGAAACAAGCCUUCUUGGAAGUUUCGUUACGACGGUUCAGAACAAGUGA